UACUAAUCAAACCAUUUGACUUUCUUUUAAAAAGUUUUUGUAUAUAUAUAGGGCUUGUAUAUAAUAUAAGUGUGGACACACAUUUUAUAUUAUAAAUAAAUACAUAAGUCUUGUCGACAUGUCUAUAAGUUAGCUUAGAAAAGCAAAUGAUUUGGUCUAUAUAACACACAAAACACGAGUCUUUAGAAUUUUGUGGUGAAUGUGAGAGUCAACAUUAAUGGAGAAAGUCACGAGAAGAACUAUCUCCUUCUCCGCUUCCUUCAUCUUCUUUAUCUUCUCUUCCACCAUUAUCUUUCUCGCCGGAAAGUCCUCAGCCAAAUUUUCUCACGACGGUGAAAAUAAUGUGACGGCCUUGUUCCUCUUCGGAGACUCUUUCUUGGAUGCAGGAAACAAUAAUUACAUAAAUACCACAACACUUGACCAAGCCAAUUUUCCACCUUACGGUCAAACAUUCUUUGGCCUCCCCACCGGAAGAUUCUCCGACGGUCGUCUCAUCUCCGAUUUCAUUGCGGAAUAUGCGAAUUUGCCGUUAAUUCCGCCGUUUUUGGAACCGGGAAAUAGUCAAAAGAAGCUUUACGGCGUCAACUUUGCGUCUGCUGGUGCUGGUGCUCUUGUGGAAACGUUCCAAGGUUCGGUUAUAAAUUUGAGAACACAAUUGGAACACUACAAGAAAGUGGAGAGAUUGUGGAGGACAAGAUUUGGUAAAGAAGAAAGCAAGAAGAGAAUCUCAAGAGCUGUCUAUUUGAUAAGCAUUGGGAGCAAUGACUACUCAAGCCUUUUCUUGACCAAUCAAUCUCUUCCCAUUUCAAUGUCUCAACAUGUUGACAUUGUCAUUGGUAAUAUGACUACAUUCAUUCAUGAAAUAUACAAGAUUGGAGGACGUAAACUCGGGUUCUUGAAUGUGCCGGAUUUGGGUUGUUUUCCAGCUUUACGAAUACUACAACCGAAUAAUGAUUCUUGCUUAAGAGAUGCUUCAAGAUUAGCAAACAUGCAUAAUAGAGCUCUGACAAAUCUCUUGUUUAAAAUGCAAAGACAAGUCAAGGGCUUCAAGUUCUCCCUCUUUGACAUGAACAAAAGCCUUAGACUCAGAAUGCAACAUCCUUCUAAAUUUGGGUUUAAAGAAGGGGAAGAAGCAUGUUGUGGAACUGGGAAGUGGAGAGGAGUAUUCAGCUGUGGAGGGAAGAGAAUUGUGAAAGAAUAUAAGUUGUGUGAGAAUCCUAAAGAUUAUAUUUUUUGGGAUUCACUUCAUCUCACACAGAAUACUUACAACCAAUUUGCAAAUUUAAUUUGGAAUGGUGGGCACAAGUCAGAUUCUCUAGUGGUUGGCCCAUACAAUAUCAAUAAAUUAUUUCAGAUUCCUUGAUUUGAAUGUAUUACACUAUAAUACACAUGGAUUUUAUGUUCAUUUUUUACAACUUUUUUUCUUUCAA